UUACCUUUCCCCAGCUACUGGUACCGACAGGUCAUUAUUCCUUGCAGUCGUGCAACCUCUCGAUUGAUUAAAAUACUCGCAUUUGACGGCACCAGAGUCACACCCGAGCGACACCUUAACUCCUUCAUCCUUCCCGUUAUCGCAGCAGAGAUAAAGAGUCGAGGAGAUCAUUUUUAUCAGGUAUACAAGUUUGAUGCAGCCACACUCUGGCUCGGUCUGUCAUUGCAAUUAGUGGUGUGGAUGACGUUCCCCCGUCGCUGCAUACGAUCCGCCUCUUAGUGGGUAGUAGUACUCAGAUUCUUCUGUACUCGUCUUUUUGCAGAUUCCAGAACUUGGAGAUGGUGCCAGCUGACCGGAGCGAGUCUCAAUGUAACCGCCUCGUUUAUCAUGCUGUCACCACGUAAGAAACUUGACUAGGACUGGCAUGUGUCCUGGAAAUUAUCGCUGUUUCGAGAAGCUGGGGCUGCUGCUGCUGCUGUGGACGGUGACUCAACAUUUGGACUAUAGCGCAUACCCUUCGAUCUAUACUACAGGAAACCGAUUCUACUCACGCUGAGAAACAUUACGACGAAUGGCACGCCAUCCGGAGUCAGCAGGAUAAGCUCUGGACCGAUUCCCCAAAGACAGCUCUCAGGAAGUGGUUCACACAACAGUCCCAAUUCAGCGUCUCACAAGCGCAGGGCAGAACACGAAAGUCGAGAAACUGGCUAUAAAAGAAGGACGCCCCUCAACGAGUCGACAUGGAGGCGGUGUUGUUUCUCCACAGCGAAGAAGACGGCGGCAAUUCUACCUGCAACUACACAGCUUCCAGGUGCUGCGAGUCGAACCUCAAGCCUGAAAAUUGGUCCCUCGUGUUGGGAAUGUUUGUCACCUUCUUCGUGAUCGUCGUGGGAACCUCUGGAAAUCUAAUGACGCUGUGCACCCUCGCCCACCAGUUCUCCAUGAGGCGAAGACAUAGAUUCAUCAAGGACUUCACGGCGGACACCGUAUUCAUCACGAACCUCGCCAUCGCCGACCUCUUCUACUCAGCGAUCAACUUGCCCUUCAUCUUCACGACUUAUUACAGAAUAUACAACGAAGUGAGUGAGUGUCCUUGGAAAGUAGACAGUCUACCCUGCAAGGUCUCUGCUUUCCUUCGCUACGCCAACGCCAUUUCUGAGUGGAUGACGCUGGGUCUCAUGGCCCUGGAAAGGAGCGUCUGCAUCUACAAGUACAGGAGUCAUCAGGGGAAAAGCAAAUGGUUUACGAGAAACAAAGCAAUUUUGUACUGCGUCCUCAUCUGGUCCUUCGGACUGUUGUGUCAAGUACACACGCUCACGUCGGAGCAAUCCUUUAGUUACAACGAAGCCUUCGUCAAGUGCGACUUCAUUGAAGAGAGGCCUCGUCUUCUGUUCUUCGCCAUAGAGAGCCUGGUGCCCUGUAUCCUCAUCCUGAUAGGAUACAUAGUCAUCCUUUGCCAGAUCUACAGCAAGGAUGCACGUAUCCUACUGUUCACUGUAACUCGAGGAGGACCCCGGCAGAAAGAAGGCCUGCGCAGGAGUCGGACCACCAGGGUCAUCCUCAUGCUGCUGUUCGUGUAUCUGAUCUGUGUCAUCCCGCUGUGUGCCUACAACAUCGGCGUCGGGACCUUGAAGGAGUCAGAUAGGGACACGCUGAAGGACCUCGGCAUCGUCAUCUACUGCCUCUACUGGUGCCAGUACUUCAUCAACAACUUCAUCUACGUCGUCAGCAACGAGAAGUAUCGCAAGGCCUACUGCCAGUUCCUGGCGCUCGUCACUCGACGCCAGGUGCAGCUUCCGGCGACGACGACGACCCACCCCCGGUCCAUCGCGCAGCGGAAUCUCCGGGGGCGUCACCACCAGUCGGUGUUCUCCAUCACCAACAGCUCCAACAACUUCCUGUCCACCUCCGGGAUCAAGGUGCGAACCAUCUCCGAGUGCGAGGAGCGGCACCGGGACCUCCUCGUUGGAGAUUACCAGCUGCAAUACGAGUCGAGGGCGAGUUCCUUCUGCUCGCCCUUGGAGGUGUCGACUUGCUCGGUGCCUCUACCUCUGCCGUACUCCCAGAAGAACUGCGAGGUCAUUCUUCGCAGGUGGUCAUUGCCCAAGUGCCACUCGUUCUCCUCAUGAGCGCUUCGAGCUAUUAACUUGCGUCCAGUGGCCAUUACUAUGUAUAAUUUGAGUAUAUCUUAGUUUAACCAGACCACAGACCACUGAGCUGAUUAACAGCUCUCCUAGGGCUGGCCCUAAGGAUUAGAUAUUUUUCACGUGGCUAGGAACCAAUUGGUUACUCAGCAACGGGACCUACAGCUUAUUGUGGGAUCCGAACCACAUUAUAUCGAGAAAUUAAUUUCUAAUCACCAGAAACAAAUUUCUCUGAUUCCAUGUUGGCAGAGCAGGGAAUUGAACUCGGGACUACCGAAUCGGUAGGCGAGCGCAACCACUCGUCCAACGAGAAACUAUUACUAUGUAUAAAUGUCGUCAAUAUUGAUCGCAUGAUUAUGAAACCCUGCGUGAAGUGUCAUUAGUUCUUCAAGGACGACCCGGAAUGACAGGAAAUCUGGCAUUAAAAGACUCCAAUCAAACCGAAAAGUUCAUCUGUGAUUUUAAACGUAAAGAAACGAGGGAAUGCGCGUUGAUUCCAGAAAGUGAUUGACUGGUCAAUAAAUAAAUGAUCUAUGCAUUGAAAAAUGUUCAGGAAUUUUCAAGUUGCUGUGUUCUCAGUUACGCUAAACUUCGCAUGUACCUGUCUGAACAAAACCCUCGUUUAUAUCUGUUGUUAAUCUUACUGUAUAUCAGUUUUUAUCUGUACCGGAAGACUUUAUCCACGGAAACGUCGAUAGCGCAAGCUAUUGAUAAGAUAUUCCUAAAGAUUCAGGUCUGUAGUGAGAUAAUCCCUGGUCACUGUUCCAUACGUACGGACACAAAC